AUUUUUCUUUCUUCCACGUUUGUUUCUGACAGGUCAUCGAACACGACUUAUGCCGAACAAAACAACGGAUCCUACAGUUUCCUCGUCGAUGGUGACUACUCGUUGCCGACUGAACAGAAAUUUUGGGCUGACCUUUUUAACAACGCAAGUCUGAACAAUGUGACGCACGUGUACUAUGAUUUCAUGUCGGACCAGUAUGGCGGGGUGUCGGACUUUCAGAAGCAGGCAGAACUCGCCAGUGAGUGGCUCACAAACGUCUCUCAGGCCGCUGUUCAGGCCGGAGUCACUUUGACCUUAAGUCAGGCACUUCCCAGCAUGCUGCUGGCGGCUGCGCAACUUCCGGCUGUGACGCAGGUGCGCGUCAGUGAGCGGUACAGCACCAUCGACAGUCAUCAGCAGUGGGACAUCGGCCUCGCCUCCCUCCUGCCAGCGGCCCUGAGGAUAGCGCCUUUUAAGGACACCUUCUGGAGCCAAAGCAAGGAGCCUGGCUAUCCUCAUCCUGGCAGCGAAGAGCGAAACCCCAUUUUACAAGCUCUUGUGGCCACACUCAGCACGGGGCUGGUGGCUGUGGGAGACAGUGCUGACGCCAUCAAAUCUUCACUUCUUGCCUGGUGUUGUCGAAGUGAUGGAGUGGUGCUGAGGCCAUCGACUCCCGCUGUUGCUAUUGACGACCACAUCGUGAAAUCAGCGCUAGAUGCUUCGUCGGGUAGUGCCGCCACCCGGCAUGUCUGGAAGUCCCUGUCCACCAUUAGCGUGGCUGGCAACCAGACAGGAGUUUACCACCAGGGUAUCAUUGUUGCUGUCAACACCAGCGGUGGCUACAAGGUCACCCCGGAAAUGAUUUUUCCGCGACUCUUUAAAAACCAGAAGAAUCUGAGGCUGUGGAGUGUGGACAGUGACAAUAGCUCCAUCUUCUGGCAAGACUUCUCGCAGGGACAUCCCUUGUCAUUUCCCAAGGAAUGCUGGGAGGUGCGAGGAGCCACCCUUCCUUGUCUUUUCCACGUGUCGACGGCACUCACAGUCCAUGGCGGCCUGACUGAUGUCCAUCUGUGUGGCGAGGUCAACAAGUUCGUCCCACUCUCGCCACAGCGCGUGCUGCUCGUCAACGUCACCACUGGCGUGACCUUGACCCUGGCCGGGGAACCCGGCGAGACCCUGACCUUCGAUUACUACGUCAACGACCAGCGACGUCAGAAUGACGUCACCAUCGCGCCCAACGGCCUGGCGACGCUGGCCCUCAACCUGACGUGGGUCACAACCACAACAACGACGACGACGACUACGAAGAAUCAACUGCUGUUCACACCACAACGUCACAGCCAUCCUGCGCUUCCGGUCUGAACUGGGCGUGGCUUCGCGCCAUUUUCCCCUCGUCGUGUUUGCAAUGUCCUUGUCCUUGUCCUGUCUUGUGUCCGUCAGCUAACUGUUUGUAUGACGAGCGUGCGAAAUACAGAUACACUGGCCUC